AAUCAGUGAGUUAGCUGCGUGCUAACGGUACCGCGCGCGAGCGGCGUCCUGACGGAGUUUAUGAGUGAAGUUCUAGACUGAAAGCGACGCGAGUUUACACGGAACCCGAGCAGCAGGAUGUUCACUUGGGCCAACAAGGACGGGAAGAAGAAAGACCCGGAGCUGUUCCAGACGGUGGCGGACGGACUGAAGCGGCUUUACCGGACCAAGCUGCUGCCGCUGGAGGAGGCGUACCGCUACCACGACUUCCACUCUCCGGCUCUGGAGGACGCGGACUUCGAUAACAAGCCCAUGGUGCUGUUAGUGGGUCAGUACUCCACCGGGAAGACCACCUUCAUCCGACACCUGCUGGAGCACGACUUCCCCGGCAUGCGGAUCGGACCCGAGCCCACCACCGACUCCUUCAUCGCGGUGAUGCACGGAGAGCAGGACGGGCUCGUGCCCGGAAACGCGCUGGUGGUGGAUCCGAAAAAACCGUUCCGCAAACUGAACGCCUUCGGAAACGCCUUCCUCAACAGGUUUGUGUGUGCUCAGCUGCCCAAUCCCGUGCUGGAGAGUAUCAGCAUCAUCGACACGCCGGGAAUUCUGUCGGGAGAGAAGCAGAGGAUCAGCCGAGGUUAUGACUUUGCGGCAGUGCUGGAGUGGUUUGCUGAGCGAGUGGACCGGAUCAUUUUGCUGUUUGAUGCCCACAAGCUGGACAUUUCAGACGAGUUCUCUGAGGUGAUCCGCGCUCUGAAGAACCACGAGGACAAAAUGCGUGUGGUUCUCAACAAGGCUGAUCAGAUCAGCACGCAGCAGCUCAUGCGGGUCUAUGGCGCCCUCAUGUGGUCUCUCGGUAAGAUAGUAAACACUCCUGAGGUGCUGCGUGUCUACAUCGGCUCGUUCUGGACACAGCCGCUGCUGGUGCCUGACAACCGCCGACUGUUUGAGGCCGAACAACACGACCUGUUCAGAGACAUCCAGAGUUUACCACGCAAUGCCGCGCUGCGCAAACUCAACGACCUCAUCAAGAGAGCUCGCCUUGCCAAGGUGCAGGCUUACAUCAUCAGUGCCCUGAAGAAGGAGAUGCCGAACAUGUUUGGUAAGGAGAAUAAAAAGAAGGAGCUGAUUGCUAAUCUGGGAGAGAUCUACACCAGGAUCGAGAAGGAACAUCAGAUCUCUCCUGGGGAUUUCCCAAAACUCUCUAAAAUGCAGGAGCUGCUGGUGUCUCAGGACUUCACUAAGUUCCAGGCUCUCAAGCCUAAGCUACUGGAGAGUGUAGAUGACCUGCUCGAGAACGAUAUAGCAAAACUCAUGACGCUGGUGCGGCAGGAGGAGUUGGCCACGCCCACCGCUGCAGUGCAGGGCGGGGCCUUCGAGGGAGUGUCAGUUGGGCCUUUUGGUGGUGGUUAUGGAGAGGGUGUGUCUGAGGGCAUUGAUGAACUGGAGUGGGUGGUGCAGAAAGACAAGCACACGUAUGAUGAGAUCUUCUACACUCUGUCGCCCGUCAAUGGCAAAGUGUCCGGCGCCAUGGCCAAGCGUGAGAUGGUCAAGUCCAAAUUGCCCAACACCGUGCUCGGAAAAAUCUGGAAACUCGCCGACGUUGACCGGGACGGUUUCCUUGAUGACGAGGAGUUUGCCUUAGCUAAUCACCUGAUCAAGGUGAAGCUUGAAGGUCAUGAGUUACCUGCAGAGCUGCCUGCCCACCUGGUUCCUCCAUCCAAACGUGAACAGUAAAGCUCAGAACUUCAAUCUGACUAAAUCCCUAAGCCCUAAACACUAAACCCUAAACACUAAACCCUAAACACUAAACCCUAAACCCUAAACACUAAACCCUAAACCCUAAACACUAAACCCUAAACCCUAAACACUAAACCCUAAACACUAAACCCUAAACCCUAAACACUAAACUUUAAACACUAAACCCUAAACCACUGAUCGCUAAAACCUAAAAUGCUAAAACCUAAGCCCUAAAGCACUAAUCACUAAGAUCUAAACCUUAAUCACUAAACACUAAGCCCUAACUACUAACCCCUAAGCCCUAUGCACUCCACCCUAACCUUCAGUGUAAAACCCUAAACCCUGCGCACUCCACCCUAACCUUCAGUGUAGAGCCCUAAACCCUACGCACUCCACCCUAACCUUCAGUGUAAAACCCUAAACCCUACGCACUCCACCCUAACCUUCAGUGUAAAACCCUAAACCCUGCGCACUCCACCCUAACCUUCAGUGUAGAGCCCUAAACCCUACGCACUCCACCCUAACCUUCAGUGUAAAACCCUAAACCCUGCGCACUCCACCCUAACCUUCAGUGUAAAACCCUAAACCCUGCGCACUCCACCCUAACCUUCAGUGUAAAACCCUAAACCCUGCGCACUCCACCCUAACCUUCAGUGUAGAGCCCUAAGCCCUGCGCACUCCACCCUAACCUUCAGUGUAGAGCCCUAAGCCCUGCGCACUCCACCCUAACCUUCAGUGUAAAACCCUAAACCCUGCGCACUCCACCCUAACCUUCAGUGUAGAGCCCUAAACCCUACGCACUCCACCCUAACCUUCAGUGUAAAACCCUAAACCCUGCGCACUCCACCCUAACCUUCAGUGUAAAACCCUAAACCCUGCGCACUCCACCCUAACCUUCAGUGUAGAGCCCUAAGCCCUGCGCACUCCACCCUAACCUUCAGUGUAGAGCCCUAAGCCCUGCGCACUCCACCCUAACCUUCAGUGUAGAGCCCUAAGCCCUGCGCACUCCACCCUAACCUUCAGUGUAAAACCCCUCACUGUGGUGAGCCAUGUGUCAGGGUUAGAGGUCAGAGCUGCAUGUGUUCGUUUCCCUGCACACUUUACUCUGAUUAAUAAUUAUUAGCAUUAGUAUUAGCAUUAUUAAUCUGAUUCACUGCUUGUAAUAAACAGCUGGGAAUUACAGAUUAUUACAGUUUAUUAUUAAAUACACUGUGUUUUUCUUCUGUUUCUGUUCUGACCAAAACCCACACUCUCUCUCUCUCUCUCUCUCUCUCUCUCACACACACACUCCCUCUGUUCAAUGUUAUUUAGUAUUUGACUAUUUUCAUUAUUACAAUGCUAUUUUUAUUUUUAUAUCAGAGGUUUUACUGCAGAAUUCAGUUGUGUGUUUGUGUGUGUACACUGAAAGUGUGUAAAGAAAAUGCCUGGACCAGCUGCAGUCUGUAAAGUUUUCCAUGACUCCACAUUAACAUUUAUUAAAUAUGUUCACACUUACUGUUUACUAAUUAACCUCUAAUAAAAUAAAGAUUCAUCACUAUAA